AACAACUGUGACUCCAUUUUCAUGAAUGGGAAGGAAAUGAAGAGUAAAGUGGACACGAUAGUGAACUUCACCCACCAGCAGUUCACCUCCCAGGUGGAAGUCACUGUCUGGGCGCCCCAACUCCCCUUGCAGAUUGAGAUCUCAGACACAGAGAUGAGCCAGAUCAAGGGUUGGAGGAUCCCGGUGGCCUCCAACAGAAGGCCCACCUGGGAGAGCGAAGACGAGGAGGACGAGGAAAAUAAGGGGCGAGGCUGCUCCCUGCAGUACCAGCAUGCCCUGGUGCGCGUCCUCACCCAGUUUGUGACUGAGUUAUCUGACUUGGGUCAGCUGACCUACAUGUUGGGCCCAGACUGGCAGUUUGACAUCACUGACAUUGUGACAGAGUUCAUGAAGGUGGAGGAGCCCAGAGUCGCCCAGUUACAGGAUGGCAGGACCCUGGUUGGUCGGAAGCCGGGAAUCACCACUGUUCAGGUCCUCUCACCUCUCUCUGACUCCAUCCUGGCUGAGAAGACAGUGAUUGUCCUGGAUGACCGCAUCACCAUCGUGGAGCUGGGUGUUCAGCUGGUGGCUGGCUUGUCCCUCUCCCUGCAGCCUCACAGGGUGGACCGAAGGGUCAUCGUCUCCACAGUGGCUGCCCAGGAUGUCCUCCAGGCCCCACAGCAGGAAGCCAUAGUCAGUUCUUGGAUUUUGUUCAGUGAUGGCUCCGUGACACCUUUAGACAUUUAUGAUCCCAAGGAUUUUUCCAUAACUGUCUCAUCAUUGGAUGAAAUGGUGGUGUCUGUCCAGCCAAACUUGCAGUCCCAGUGGCCAGUUGUGGUUGCAGAGGGCGAAGGACAAGGGCCCCUGAUAAAGUUGGAGAUGAUGAUCAGUGAGCCUUGCCAGAAGACCAAGAGGAAGAGUGUUCUUGCUGUGGGUAAAGGAAGCGUCAAGGUCAGGUUUGCACCAGGCAUCGAGGAGGAGCACCGAGGAGGCAGCAAUGACAUUGAGGGCGUGAACCGGGAAUACAAAGAUCACCUGAGCAACUCCAUAGAGCGGGAAGGGAGCCAGGAGCGAGCAGUCCAGGAGUGGCUCCAGUGUGGCCCUGCUGGCCCAGAGGACAGGACCAACAGGAGCACAACCCUGCCGCUGCCUGGGGAGGGGAAGGACAAGAAGCUACUCAAGAGUGGUGGUGCAGAUGCCUUCACCAGCUUCCCCACCCAGGGGAAGUUUCCAGAAUCCAGUAACCCUAGUGACCUUACAGUGGCCUCCAGGGGCUUGACGGACUUGGAGAUCGGCAUGUACGCCCUGCUCUGCAUCUUCUGCCUGGCCAUCCUGGUCUUCCUGAUCAACUGCGUGGCAUUUGCCUGGAAGUACAGACACAAAAGGCUUGCGGUGAGCGAGCAGGGCAACAUCCCCCACUCCCACGACUGGGUCUGGCUUGGGAACGAGGUGGAGCUUUUGGAGAACCCAGUGGACAUCACGCUCCCCUCGGAGGAGUGCACGACCAUGAUAGACAGGGGGCUGCAGUUCGAGGAGAGGAACUUCCUGCUGAAUGGAGGUUCCCAGAAGCCCUUCCACAGUCAUCUCCUCAGACCUUCUGACUAUGUCUAUGAGAAAGAGAUGAAAAACAAACCUGUGAACUCUUCUGCUCCGAAGAGGAAGAGGGUCAAGUUUACUUCCUACACCACCAUCCUCCCUGAGGAUGGGGGCCCGUACACCAACUCCAUCCUGUUUGACUGUGAUGACAACAUCAAGUGGGUCUGCCAGGACAUGGGGCUGGGGGACUCACAGGACUUCAGAGACUAUAUGGAAAGACUGCAGGACCAGAUGUAAACUCCUUUCUUAUGUUGUAUUCACCUUUAUGCCUUCUGUUUUCUGAACGGUGGAGCAGUGAGUCUGAUCAGCAAUAGGGUGACUUCACAAAGCUGAGUUCGUGGAGGUCUGGAGGGAGCCCUUUCUAAGCAUGUUUCAGAGGCCUGGAGAGUUACGUCAGCUGGGUUUUAAGCUGGGAAAUGCCUCUAAAACAGCUACAUGUAGGGACUGGAGGAAUUCUGUGACAACAGUUUUGCCUACAGCCUGGUACCAGCUCAGUGCAGGUAGAGUAAACCCGACCCCACAGACAUUGUUAGUCAUCUCAUGGCGAAUGGCUGUGUGUAGUGAGGAGAGAUUUGGAUGGUGAUUUUCCUGUUCCUAGACCUUUUAAAGCACAGUGGGCAGGUACAGCCCGUGGCCUGGGUUUGGACACACAUGAGAGGUGACUGAAUGUAGCUAUCCUUAUUUGUUAGGAGCGCUGCUCAGUAUUUUUAUAUACAUUUCCACCUGCACCUGUUCCUUUGACCUCUGGAAUUUUUUUUGAAACAUGAAGAGAAGAAAUUUCAGUCUUUGAGAUCUGUGUGAUUUACAAAUGAGUUUUAUUCCCUGGGAUUUGCCGCGUCACAUCAUUUCCUGGGUCUCCAUACAGGAUGUCAGGUUUUUCAAGUUUUGAGCACUUCUUUCUUUAGUGACAGCAUCUAAGAAGCUUAUUCUCACUUUCUUUUUCCUACCUUUUGCUGUUGAACUUUCUUGUGUAUGACUGGGACAGGGGUUUUGCUUAAAAUGUUGAUAUCCAGUGAGGGAGGGUCAUCUCUUUACAUUUUUCUAUGUGAAGUUUAAAACAACUUGGAGGAAAGUUGUGAACACACACAUUUAUUUUUGUCCUCUGUUUGCUAAGAAUCCUGGGGAGCUCCUGGAGUACACUGCUGAGGGCAGAAAGCCCCUAGGGAGCAGUGAUUAUGCAGGUUCUUUGUAGUCAACACAAUGUACCAUCCAAACUGAAUCUAAAGGUAGAAUCCAUCUACAUCUGCGCUGAAGGGAAAUUGCCCAGGAAAUAGCUUCCAAUUAAACUUUCCAUUUUACCAGAAAAAAAAAAAAAUUAAAUGAUGUUUCAAGUUAGCAAUACAUAUAAAUUAUCCAUACAAUAACUAUCUUCACAGGUGUGCAUUUGUGGGAAAAGCAAUGGGUUCCCCCCAGAAUUCACAAAAAUAAAUGACUGUUCCAGAGCCCAAGAAGCAGCUAUUAUGAACAAACUAUAGCUAUUGAAAAAUCAAAGUGCUAAGAGGAAAAAAGUGAUUCUUGUAUAAUUUUUAAAUAAAAAUAUUUAGAAUCAUCAUGAAUCAUCAUCUCAAAGCAAGAAUUUCAGAUUAGCAAAAUGCGACAUUUUUAUUUAUUAAGAUGCUAUAGGUGGAAAAGCAGACACUGGACUAAUCUGUCUCAUUAUGAGUUAACUGAGCCAUUUGCAUCCCUAAGAAAUGGAAUUUGAAAGGCCCAAAGUAGGAGGCACUUGCAGCAAGUCACCCUUACUCCCAGUGGCUGACAACUGAGCUAUUCAAAAGAGAAUUGUUUUCAUUCAAUUGCUCUCUUAUUUUAGAUUCUCAUGGAUGGGAACUUGACAACUCAGCCUCUUCUAGCCAUGAAGCAGCAGCCAGAAAUUUCUCCUAUAUCUCUUGCAUGCCACAAACAGGGCUGAAAUUGCAGGUGGUAUAGUGGUGACCUCAGAGGCUGGUAUUGGAUUGGUUUUAUAAGUAUUUAAAAUGGCGCUUAGGAGCUGAAGCCAGGGACUGCAGAGAGCUUCAACUUAACUGGAGAAUGAAGCAGAAUACCUAGGCCUUAACUGCAAAAGGAGUUUGCAGGACAGCUGGCGCCUUUUAGGAAGAGCUCCCUGGUUAGCCAGUGGCCUUUCAGAGGGCUUAGUGGGAAGGUAGCACAGAACAACUGUGAGGACAGAAGAGAGUUCAUGCCUGAUGGAUGCACAGCCAAGCUAUCCAGGAAGUCUGGCUCCUUCUAGGAGACGUUUUCAGUUCCAUCUUCUUUUGGAGCUUCAAUAUCAAAGAAAUAAUGGAGGUCCUUUCUGAAAGUGAGGAGUGUGAACUGAAGGGGAGGAGUUUACUCAGCAGGCUGCCUCCCAACCACUGGCACAUCGAGACUUUGGUGGGGGCAUAGUUUGGGAGGAAUUGCCAUUGUCGUGGGGAGCAUCACUAAGGAACAUACAAAUUGGAGCCUUUCCUGAGGUGGGAACAUGGGGCAGGGACAGAGAGCAAACACAGAGUAUUGGGUUGUGCCAGAUCAGCCUAAAUGGAGCUGGAAGCUGACCAUGAUCCUGAAGAAGCUUCUGGUGGACAACACAGACUCACCCAGCAUGAAUCAGCGCCCAUAUAGUCACCUGUGCUCCUUCACAUUAGAGUUCAGUUAGUUCAACAUGGAGGAAGUCAAAUGGAAGGUCAUGGGAAAGGGUCCCUUUUACUAUAUAAUAUCCACUCACAAACACACACACAUAUGUACACGUGUGUGUGCUUGAAGCUGAAGAGUCAAACGUAGACCAUUUAGUGGGACUCAAGAGUGACAGUUGUUUUCAGAUGUGGCAUGGACACCUUUCAUUGAAGUAUUUUAUGCUCCUAUUUACUGCAGAGUAUAAACCAUGGGUUAGAUCACCUUGUUUUCCAGCUAGUCAGCCACAGCUAUUAAGCACUACACCUCAAGAUACCUAAACCCAAACGGGAACAACAUAAACUAUUAAGCCUUGAACUCCAGUUUCCAGUCACCAUGCUUUCACCUGUCUUCAUUCUCUGGGUUUUCAUGGUUGAGAUAUUCAGAUCCUGGGGCUCCAUGAAUAACCUAGCCCCAGGUUGUUAAGGGCUGCCAAGUCCCCUUUUCCCCCAUAGAGUGGCACGCUCAGACUCCUCCUGAGGGAGGAACCUGCAGGCUGUGGACAUUGGUCGCAGGCAGGGAGCUUGAGAUGUGAGCUGAGGACUGCGUGGCUUGGAGCAGUUGAAGAUGUGCAGCCACUGUCUCCAGGUCCCCGUGUUCCUCUUUCAAGUCCAGAGUACAGGGACCAAGAAGCAGCUGCCAGACCAAAAAGCCUGCUUUUAAACAUAGGUGUGCUGCAUUUGAGAGAGCAAGAAGAGGAAGAAAAAGAUCCCGCAAACCCCAGAAUACUCUGUGUACCAAGAGAAGAAACAUCACCUUCCUAGCUGUUGCACACACUGGCCAGGGUAAAUUCCCAGCCUACAAUAAUCCUCCAUAUCUACACAGAAAGUUUCGAUUUAUGCACAUGAAUGCAGUGAAAACAUGGAUUGGUGUUUCUGUCCCAUCGCCAUAUCUGGAGAUAUGUACUUGCUGAUUUUUAAGUUUUAAGAAGUCCACCUUUGUGUAAAUUGAUCAGCUUUUUAGAAAGGGAUCUUUCUAAUAUUGGCAAAUUGAGACCAUAGUAAAAGUUUUGUCAGCAAAGAUCCAUUCAGUCCACUGAGGGUGGCUUCAUCUGAAUCCUUCAUGCCACUGGCAUCAUUGGGCUUUCUACUCUAAUCAUCUUAAAAACUAUCUUAAUUCUCCAUUCUGGUCUCUGUAAAUGACACCUCAGAUGGUUUAUAAACUUAGUAACCUUCCUCUCAAUUAAAAUUACAUAUGUGUUCUGUGACGUACAUCACCUGUAUGUAAAGGGACAGGUUGGAUGGUGGAAAAGCUAUGCUGAAAUGUGGAUAUCAGAUAUUUUUGUAUGUAAUAUAGACAUUACACUGAAACUCUGAGAGGUGUAUCAGAAUAAACACAUUUUAAAAUAAAAGCAUGCAAAACUGUAGCAUUUAAAUGUACAGACCUCCAACUCCAAAAUAUCUCAACUGAUGAUGGGAAAAACAUUAGGACCUGACAUCGUGAAAUGCAUUGAGUUAGGAAUUCUGGCCUGGAAAGGACGUGGCUCAUGUUGGCAAUGUUGAUGAAACUUGCUGGAAUAUUUUGAUUUUACUCUUCAUUACUUUUGGAUCUUUCCUUUUUUCCUGGAAAUAUUUCAGAAAUAAAGUGACUUCACUUUUCCAGCAUAAUGGUAUAUUCUAACCACAGGGUAAUUCAUCGUUUUUAACAUGAAAAUAAACAUUUAAACAUU